GAGGUGCCUGGUCGCCCUAGCAACCAUGGCGCAGAAGUACGGCUUCCUUCCCUCCAGGCCACGGAACUGGCGGCCCAGGGAGAAUCACAGAGUCCAGAAAAUCUCUCCCGCAGCCCUGUGUCAACUCCAGAAGUAUUUAAGAUAAACUUUAUAUUUCCAAAUGGAGACAAGUAUGAUGGGGACUGUACAAGAACAUCUUCUGGAGUCAUUGAGAGAAAUGGAAUAGGUAUUCAUACCACUCCUAAUGGGAUUGUCUACACAGGAAGCUGGAAAGAUGACAAGAUGAAUGGUUUUGGAAGACUUGAGCAUUUUUCAGGAGCAAUAUAUGAAGGACACUUUAAGGACAAUAUGUUUCAUGGACUGGGAACUUAUACAUUCCCAAAUGGGGCAAAGUACACUGGAAAUUUCAAUGAAAACAGGGUGGAAGGUGAAGGACAAUAUACUGAUAUCCAAGGACUAGAAUGGUGUGGUAACUUUCAUUUCACAGCUGCUCCAGGCCUGAGGCUAAAGCUCCAUAUGUAGAUAGCCUGCAUUAAAGUUUUAAUGUGGUAAUUUCAGCUUUUACUUGUAAGGAAAACAACUAAAUCUGUCAUCUGAAAUAACUUCAUACACUAUAUUUACUUUUGCCAAUAAAACCAUCACUCAUUUA